CGCCACUAGACGUGUUCCUAAAUCACGGGCACGUCCACUCUCUCAGAGGUUCGUGUCAGGUCUGUCUCUCUCUCUCUCGAUUGUGCGAUCCGUCCUGCCUCCAAGUGAAUUUCCGAUUGCGAUCUCGACCAAGCAAGGCUCGCCGAGGAUCGUCGUCGUCGUCACGCUGGCAGGACUUGCGAAGCCGCGUUUCGUUCGCGCGUCCACCAGACUCGUUUCAUGCGCCGUGAGAGCGAAACGACGUCCCGUCCGUCCGUCAUGGCGGAGAAUGUUUUCGUUCCGUGAUACGCCGACUCGCGAUCGCAUCAUCGGCUCAUCGAUUCGGCCGGUCACCGACACGACGACGACGACGACGACAACGGCGGCGACGGCGGCGGCGGCGGCGGCAAGGACGACGACGACGUCGACGUUGGUUCACGCGCGAUCCUGUGCAGACCCGGCGAUCGUCCCGCGAUCAUGGACACGCGCGGCAUCGAGGUCACGAAUCAGCUUCGGAGCGCCAUUCGCGCCAAGCUCAUGGAAUUGGGAGUCCGUUACGACGAGGAACUGCCCGACUACAUAUUGGUGAUGGUAGUCAACAAGAAGUCUCGUCAGCAGAUGCACGACGACCUAAAUCUAUUCCUGGAGGACUGCACGACCGUGUUCGUGGACUGGCUGCACGAUCAGGUGCUAAAGAAACUGCAGAAGGUCACUGUGGCCAAGAAGAAAUCGUCCCGCGAGUUUGUGCCUACCGUGGUGGUGAAGCAGGAGGAGGAGAGGAAGAAGAAGAAGGUGUCCGCGACCUCGUUCCUGGAGGACCAGACGACGGAGCAGGUCCCGACCGUCGAGAAGUUCUCGGACAAGAGCGCAAAGAGCGACAAGCAAGUGCCGGCGCAGAAGCCACAGGCGUUGAAAUCGUCCGUAUCUAAUCAAAACCCGGAGCGGAGUCACAGCAGGAGCGCGGAGAGAAGCGUGAAAGUUGCGCACGGCAAAGGUAGAACGGACGAGGCGUCGUCGACGCACGGCGGCGGGUCCUCUCAGGACUCCUCCUCCUCGAAGAAGCCGCAGCAGACCUCCGGGCGCGACGAGAACGCGAGAAGCGUCGCCGCGCCGGAGAAUCCCGCCGCGAGGAGCGCGGACUCGCAUGGCGAUCCGAAAGAGAGCGAGGCGCCGAUUAAGAGUCUGAAGCGACCGUCCGAGACUUCGAGUACUCGUCACGAUAGCACGGAGAGAAAGAGCAACGAGGUAAAGCGGCCGAGGCUGUCCGAGGAGGCGAAGGAGGACACGUCGUCCUCGCCGGACACGGCUUCGAGGAAGCUGAAGUCCUGCGUGAACAAGCCGAGGAUCACGUCGGUCGUGUCGGUGAAGAACCGGCUCGGCAUAGUCUCGCCGCGGAAGAAGUUCGAGUCCUACAGGCAGAAGGAGGGCAAUGGCCGCUACCGUCCGCCGGAGAAGCGGUUCGAGAAGCCGCAUCGCUACGACAACGGACGUGGCGGCAAGGGCAGAAACUUCGAGACGGACGAUCGGGGCUCCAGGCGGAACCGCGACGGCGACUCGUCGCGGCAUCACGAGCAGGCCGCGAGCAAAGUCAACGACGUGAGGAGUCGGAUAGAGAGCAGCAAGAGCGAGAGACUGAUCAGAAAUGUGGAUUCGAGAGACAGGAGCCUGAAUUCCGGUUCGAAGACGGACGCGUCCGCGAUAAAGUCCGCGUGCACUAUUAAGAAUCGUCUGGGCAUCGCGGGCAUCAACAGUAAGGCCCAGAGACAAUCUUCCGUCAAGUCGCAAGAGACGGCGGAUUACCGGAACAAGCCGAAGAGUUCGGAACAAACGACGGGAAUCAACAAUAAGAACAUCAAGGAUCGACUCGGUCCGUUGAGGAGUAAUUUCAGGCUGGUGCGUCAACAGAGCAGGCAGCGUCGCGAGGACGACGAAUCUCUAGUCUCCCUGAAUCCCGUCGCCGAGAGAGACGACGGAGAGGAGGGGAAGGAAGUCGAAGAUGAAGAGGAGGAGGAGGAGGAGGAGGCGGACGACAGCGAGCAGCUGAUCGGACCCGUAAAGUCGCACAUAGUCGCCGUUCGCAGAUCCGCAGCGACUGCGGCCGCCGCCGCGAGGAUCGAGAGGAAACGUAUGAAGACGUCGAACGAGAUACCGUUCGGCGCGGCUCAGAGUAUCGGUUACCUGGCACACGGGGCCGCGAAAUCGCAGUUGGACAAGACGUCCGACAAAGGGACGUCCAGGGACGUGGACGAGGAGGACGCGGAUGACACGAGGUUACCGAGCAAGGUGAUCGUCACGCCGAGACCGCUGAAGCCGCUGCAACCGACGCAGAAGCGCGCCACGCAGUCGCUUUUGUUGCGGGCGGUCGCGGAGGCGAAUCAGUCGGUCGUCACGCAGAAGAACCCGGAGCCGUCUCUAUUCGAAAAGAAGCCGGUCUUAAAGCGUCUUAAGCCUGCCCCGGCUCGUGAUGUAAGUCAAAACUUGUCGGUACAUUUUAAUUCUAGUAAGAGACUGGUCAUGGAAAAGAUUCAAGUCGAAUUAAAUACGAUAGAUCAUCUGGAUGUGGAAGACGUCGAGCCCGAGCCUUACGUACCUCAACCGGUAACGGACGAGCAUAUGGGAGUCGUGAUGUCGUUGUUCCAAAGGAGCGACGACAAUCAGAAAUUCUUAGUCACUCUGAAUGGAUACAACAACAAUCUCAUGAAAGAGAAGAUCAGCUCCGAGGAUGACGAGGAGCGACUGGAGAUGGAGGUGAACGAGGACGACGAGCUCGCGCUGUUGACGACGCACAAUGAAGCGACGGCGGCGGCGACGGCGACGACGACGGAGGCGCAGGACGAGUUGGAAAUACGUAAAUUUAGAAUAGCGGGAGAUGCGGAGGACAGUGCGGAGGACGCCAGUCCGAAGGAGGCGAGCGGAGAGGAGAACAAUGAGAACUGCAACACGGAGAACGUGGAUAAGAUUGACGAGACGCCGCGUCGACGAAGAAAAUUGAGUCCCAUAGUGUACAACCGAUCUCACUCUCCUAGUCCCACACAAUUGAAAUCUAACGCGUCGCUGGCGCCGACAUUAGCCGCCAAACUCCCGGACAAAAAACCGCUGGUGGAGAACCCGGUCCCGGUCGUUUUAGACAAAUCCAGGGAAAACUGUAGAUACUGGCCAAAUUGUACGUUAGGAAACAAAUGCGCGUACCUUCAUCCCCCUGUUAUGUGCAGUGCCUUCCCGGCAUGCAAGUUCGGCGACAAGUGCGCCUAUAAGCAUCCCAAGUGCAAAUUCGGUUUGUCCUGCACGAAGCUAGGCUGCGUGUUCUCGCAUCCCGCCCAGCAGUGCAAGUAUCAUCCGUUCUGCACGAAACCGGCGUGCCCGUACUCCCAUCCGGUCGCCUCCGCUCCGGCGACGGAGGCGACGAGUCAGCGGGCGAAGUUCACUUGGCGACGACGAGAUUGAGCGUACCCUCGCUCGGGGAUGUACAAACUUGGGUGCAACGUUCUGACCGGAUCGAGGUUCUGAUCCGCGAAAAAUUACUUUGUACAGAUGAACGACGAGACGUGCAAGCUUGAGCGGCGUAAGUUGCGUAAGUUGACGUGAAAUUACCGUUGCGAAGUUAAUUUCGCAAUUAAGGAAUGCAUCACGAAAGCUUCAGUACUACAAUUGUGAUUUAUUACGUCAGAUUGCAGUUUUACUUUCUCCCUAUAAUAAUUCAAGAUAGAAAAAAACUUUUUAAAAACUUCUGAUGAUGAAAAUUAGUUAUUCAAUCUGAAUUAAAAUCAGAUUUAUAAUAAUUGUUGAAGCUUUAAUUUAAUUUAGGAUGAGUGUGUUAGGCCCGCCGAUUUAUGUAUAUUGUUGCGCCCGACGCGUAACGGGCGCCUAUUACACAUAUACUUCCCUGUUGAUUAUCCAUCGCCGUAGAUUCCAAGACCGCGUGCGCCGUCAGUCCGAACUGUGAGCGAUUUGCUGCCAUUCUUAGAUUAUAUAUUCUACUUGUAAUAUGAAGGAAAGGAUUUUAGUUUUUAGUUAACCAGGGCGAACCGAUGCAAUUCGGCCUUGGUGGGACGAUUGUGAAAACUCAUUCUCGACCUCGAGGGAUAGCUCAUUUCGAUUUAUGUACGUCGAUACGUUUGAAAGUAAAUGUAUCACCAAUCGUGCGCCAGUCGCGCGCGUUAGUAUGUAUAUUACUUACGUGAACGGCUGGAAGAAUGAUAAUUAGAUUCGCUCCUUUUGCAAAUGUCGCGCGCUUGUAUUUGCGAAUCGUCAUUUUAUUCGCUUCCACUUUCGUCUCGAAGUGAGAAGGACUUGCGCAUUUUGCUGGCGGAUAAACUGGAAGGACGCAAGAGGAGCAGAUCUGCCGUACUGUUUUAUGUUAAGAGCAAUAUAACGAUCUUCACAAACGAGGAAUACUCGCGUUGGCGUUAUACAGCGGUUAUACUUCUCUGUACGUUCGUUUUAGAAUUACGGGCGAGGUCGUCUCUUUCGUCGAGAGUAUCUACGCUCACGAGCGCGAAUCGAACGUCUCUCGCCGAGCGACUUAAUCGAGUUUCGAGUGCGGGGCACGCGAUUGUUCAAAAAAGAUCGCGCGUGCCGCGCACUCGGUGCCGUCUCCACGAUCGAGGGGAGGCAUCCGUAAAAAAAAAAGUCAGGUACUUCGUUGCUCGAUCAUCGUUUAUGUAAUUUAACACAAAUUGUAUAGGAUCUCGUGUAGGGAACGAAGGUGGUUCUGCAUAAUUUUACCUACUAGUGCUAGUGAAUGGUCGCGCAUAAGAUGUACAAUAUUAUUGAGACUUGUCAUUAUCAGAAACAAAUAUACGAUGAUUUCUGUAAAAUGCA